UAGUGUGGUGCGGGGGACAUAGCAUUAUUAAUUAAUCAACUUUUGCUCUCUCUAAUUUUAUUUCAUUUCAACCAACUUGGACUGUUUCUUUCUUCUCUUUCAAAUUCUCUCGGACACCACUCGCCGGCGGCGGCGGCCAUGGAUGUCCCGGAAAGCAGCAUGGUGGCGGACGCCGGCGCCGUCGGCGGCCGGACGGCGCGGCCCUGCGACAACUGCUUGCUGAAGAGGGCGCGGUGGUUCUGCGCGGCGGACGACGCCUUCCUCUGCCAGGCAUGCGACAGGUCCGUACACUCGGCGAACCAGCUCGCCGGCCGGCACCACCGCGUGCGGCUGUCGACGGCGUCGUUUAAGGUCUGCGGCGGAGACUCCGGCGGCGGCUCGUCAUGGCACCGAGGGUUUUCUAAGAAGGCCAGGACCCAGCGGCGGCCGGCCUCCAAGUUCCCGCCGCCGCCGUCGUUUGACUACCAAGCAAUCCCGCUGGUGCCGGAGAUCAACGCGGAGGAGUUCCUCCCGGAGGAGAAAGAUGACCACCUCCUCCACCGGGUUCCCGAUUGGGAUCUCCAUGUCGACCCUUUCUUUGACCCGCCGGAGAUCGGCAAUCUGGCGGAGCUAUUGGGUGGUAGCGACAGAUUUGGGGAUUUAUUAGCAAGUGACAAUGGUGAGAAGGGUUUCGAUGCAAAGAGGGUUAAGGUCGAGGACGACAAUGAAGAAGUAGGCGCCCCCAGCCCUUUCGAAAUUCCAAAGCUCGACGAAAUAGAUGAGCUAAGUUGGGAAUUCGACUAUAAUGCAUGUUCGGAGGAGGCGGAGAAAAAGAUAAUCGCCAUUGAGGAGGAGGAGGAGACUAAUAUAGACAAAGAAAAUAAUGAUCAUAAUGGGUCGCAAGUUAAAACAAGAAUGCUUUUGAGGCUCAAUUACGAACAAGUUAUCGAUGCUUGGGCGAGCCAAGGUUGUCCGUGGGAGAACGGUGUACGCCCUCAUUUCGACCUCGACGCCUUCAUGGUGGAAUGUAUGGGAGGAGAUUGUUAUAAGGGUAAGAGAAAUGAUGGACAAAGCGAAAGAGAGGCGAGGGUGCUAAGGUAUCGAGAAAAGAAGAGGAUGAGACUCUUCUCAAAGAAGAUUAGGUACCAAGUUAGGAAAUUAAACGCGGAGAAAAGACCGCGGAUGAAAGGACGCUUUGUAAAGAGGACUAAUUCUUUCUCUAAUCACCUACACAACCAAUAAAUUUUAUUAAUUUAUAAUUAAUAAACCAUGUAAUGUAGUAGGUAUGACGAUAAUGCAUAUAUAUAUAUAUAUAUAGCAUUCGAACUACAUGUAGCUAGUUCGCCGUGGUGAACUAUUAUGAUUACUAUGUAAUUAUAAAUGUAUUUGUGUUUAAUGAAGAUGGUUAUUGUUUGUUUU